UAGAAUAAGAUGUGCGACUUUGAUGCUGUGUGGCUGGACGUGCUGAAAAUAUUUCCAGUUCUGGGUGGUGGGAGCCCUGGGCCUUCUCAGCCGGUUGAAGAUGCGGUGUACGAGAAUGUUCGCCGGCACCUACAGGAAUUGGGCAACAUUGACACAUUUGCGGCAAUUUUGGAUCUAGAAAUUCAGUCGGUGAUUCGAAAUGUACUUUCGCCCAAAUUCUGGAAGCAUUUUCAAGGAGACAGCGUACCAACAGAUCUGCAAACAUGCAUACAAGACCAAGCGCUAGUAAUAGAAGCCCUUCCGGAUAAGAACAAAUUGUUCACCCAGUUCAUUGAUGCUAUUAACGAGCUGUAUCAUAGCUUUAACAUUUUAAUGCAAGUUAAACCCCGACUUGCACGUCUUAUGAACCCGGAAAUCAGUUCAGGCCUAAGCUCUGCGAAAUUAUUGCACGAAGAUUCCAUCAAAUCCUACCUGCGUGAUUCGUUGUUAUCCCAGUUGCCACCAGCAUUCAGUGUGGUUGUGGGAGCCUUCUAUUGGGUUCAUUUCAAACUCUACACCAAAGCUUCGCAUCUUGCUUUAACAACAGUCGACUCUGAGGUAUUCGACGAACUGUUAUGCGUCGGUUGCAAUUUCGACGUAGAGCAGUGCUGCUGUCUACGACUUACUGAAAUGGUGAACAAGACCAAUAUGAAAUUGUUUGAGAUGAACUUAAUAGAUCGUUUGACUGGCAGUGCUUUAACAUCCCUCAUAAAGCUCAAAAUCAAAGAGCAUAUAAACGACACGUGCCAGGGUAUUUUUGAUAGAAGUCACCUUAAGCAACUGGAAAAGUGGCUGGCAGAUGUUAUAAUGACAUGGUUGAAGAGCAUUUUCACAGAUUGGCAAACCAAAGAUAGUGCGAAGGAACUGGAAGUUCCCUCAUCUGUUCAAUCCUUUAAAGUCAAACUCACGUAUUAUAUGUACGAAACGUUUGCCCAGAGCGUUAUUGGCCAAUUCUUCAGUAUUAUAAUUGACUAUCCAGAUUCAAUACCAGCCAUAGAUGACUUGAAGAUUUGUAUGGAGAAAAUUGAUAUGCGAGUCUACUUAACGGAGUCACUGAGAAGCUCGUUGGAAGCCAGAAUUCUCCAUCCUGGGGUUAAUACGAUGGAUAUAUUAACUGGAUACGUAGCCGCCAUAAAAGCAAUUCGUCAUUUGGACCAAUCUGGGGUAAUUUUGGAGAUGGUUACUGCCCCGAUCAAAGAUUAUCUGCGUAAACGCAGCGACACAGUUCGACGCGUUGUAACAGGACUUACAGAAGAGGGACCAACCGACUUGUCCGAAGAAUUGGCCAAAGGGGAGUCAAUCAAAGAUGGCAAGGAGUCUGGCCCCGACGAGUUCAGCAAUUGGGAGAACUGGGAACCGGAUCCAUUUGGAAUAGAUGCUAAUCUCAUGAAAUACAACAACUCAAAGAUAAUGCGAUCCGCUGAUAUCAUAUCAAUGGUGGUUGAUAUAUAUGGAAGCAAAGAGCUAUUUAUGACUGAAUAUCGCAAUUUGAUGGCAGACAGACUGCUCGCACACCUCGAUUUUAAUUCAGAAAAGGAAAUUCGAAAUCUAGAACUGUUGAAAAUUCGCUUUGGGGAAUCGCUUUUGCACAGCUGCGAGGUGAUGUUGAAGGACGUAACCGAUUCAAAGCGAAUCAACGCGCACAUUCACGGCGAUGGCAAUAGCAAUGAAAAUCAGAUGUUUGACAUCUCUUCGCUCAUUGUAUCUGCACAGUUUUGGCCAUCCUUUAACAAGGAGAGUCUUCAGUUGCCAGAGGAAAUCGAGAAUGAGUUCAAAAAGUAUACCAAGGCCUAUGAGGGGUACAAGGGAAACCGUACUCUCAACUGGCGUACGGUAACCGGUCGCGUCAAUAUUGUUAUUGAAAUCGGAGACCGAACAAUGGACAUGGUGGUGAGCCCAACGCUGGCCGUGAUCAUAUACCAUUUCCAGAACAAGAGUGAAUGGACCAUUGAGGAACUUAGUUCAAUCACAAAAGUUCCUGCAUCAGCGCUCAGGCGUCGGAUAAGUUUUUGGCAAAAUCAUGGUUUGAUUUCAGAAUCUUCCCCGGGACUAUUUACACUUCUAGAAAAGGAAACUGAAAAGUCACAGUUUGAGGAAAUGAGUCUUGCCGAGGCCGACGAUGAAGAUCUGGAGUCGGCCAUGGCAUCUGCUAGCGAUCAAAGGGAGGAGGAACUUCAAGUAUUUUGGUCCUAUAUUGUGGGCAUGCUCACGAACCUCGAUUCCAUGCCCAUCGAUCGAAUCCAUCAGAUGCUAAAACUCUUUGCCUCGCAUAGUGGUGGCGUGGAGUUUACUCAAGACGAGCUUAAACACUUCCUGCAGCGUAAAGUUAGAGAACAUAAGCUUCUAUUUUCUGGUGGAGUUUAUCAAUUGGCCAAGUAAAUCGGGAGCGUUUUGAAUAAUGAAUAGUACGCACACGAAUGAAGAAAUCAGUUCAUACAAAUGAUAACAUUUAUGAAAUUCAACGUUAGAAGAAUCGAUUCUCUUAUCAAACCGUAAUCGCACCUUAUCAGACUGUUUUUCAAGUGUUCUCUUCUAUGAAGAGUCACUCCGCUCAAAAUGAAGUCGUUACUUUUUGAAAUAUA